AUGCAAGGCGCUUUCGACUUUGCUUUCUCAAACAAAUCCCUCACUCUCGAAGCCCCGACCCCCACAAACAAUUCUACAAAUUCCGAGGCUGCGCAAGAGAAAAACGGCACCCCAGCUUCGCCAGCCACUGCUCGAGCCAAAAGGGUCUUCCCCGUGCCUGGAGGGCCCACUAAAAGACAACCUUUAGGGAUUUUGGCCCCCAGUGCAGUGUAUAUUUGUCUGGAAAUCUACAAGUUCUUGCAACUCGAGCUUGGCUUGAUCGGCACCGGCCACAUCAGCAAAAGUGACGCCGGUCUCCGGGACCUCCUGGAACCUGGAUUUGGACCGGCCGAAGUCCAUGGGCCCUCCAAGGCCGCCGGGCCCUUCCGGGCCGCCUUGGGCCCGUCUGAACAGGAAAUAAAGCCCGCCGAAAGCGAGGAGGGGGAAAAGCAGACUCACUAUGAAAUUGAACAGCCCGUUCUCGGACUCUCCUUCGGAGACUGUGAUUUCGACGCCAUUCAUGGCCAAAAUGUCAAUCAAAUCCGGGUCGUUGGGGACGACCACGGCGGCCUUGCGACCAUCGACGGCGGUCAGCUGAAGGGCACCUCCGUCAUUGCUGAACCUCACACGCUCGACCUUUCCCUUCCUCACCGCCGCCACAGGGAACCCUCCGGGAGAUCUGAGGCGGGCAGUGACUGCGGCUUGGGGGCGUCCAGGAUCAGGUUCGGGCCGAAGGGAGACGACGUGCCGGGCUUUUGGGCCUCGAUCUCAAUUACUUGUGGGGCAGGAGGUGGUUGUGGGGGAGCAUUGUCUAGUGCGAGUGCUUGCGGAAUGACUGAUGAGAAGAGCAGGGCAGCUACAGCUGCGGACUGUGGGAUUGGGAAUUUUCUGGGAAGUGUUAUACGUGCGCGAGGUGAACUGGAGAAGAAGCUUUGGGUGCGGAGGAAGUUGGAGGAGAUUAGAGGAUUAGUGAUGAGUGAUGAGGCCAUGAGAUGUUUUUGGCUGAGUUUGUUUUCUGGGAAUGUGCGAAGCAGGGCAAAGGAGUAUCCGAGCAGAUUUCAUUUGGCAAAUGACAUUGAUGAAAGUAGCAAUCACAAUGUACACUUCAUAUUUUAA